AUGCCUUGUAGCGCAAACCUCUCCCAGCAGGAGGAGGCGGACGAGUUGGCGCCAGCCAGGUCCUACUCGUCCAUCUUGUUCGAGUCUCCUGUGGAUCAUCUUCACAACCCCGGGCACAAGGGAGAUCAGGAGGAAGACUUCGACUCGCCGGACUACGACUCCGACCUUGACAUGGAGAUGGAAACGAGCUCUACCUCCUCCUCGCUCUACACCUCGAUAGACCAUGAUCAGCCUCAAGCUGCCUCGUCGUCUCUUGAACAGGCUGCUGGUUCGCUUUCCAAGCACGGGAGGACGUGGGACGGCGAGGCUCGCGCGAGGCACAGCGAGCGAUGCACAGGGAGAUCGAGGCUGACGCUCUCGGAGAAGACGGACAUCAUCAAGCUCUACUACGAGCCGUCCUCCUCGAGGCCUCCGGUGGACCAGAAGACGCUGGCUCGGAUGUACGGGAAGAGCAAGGCAGCGAUCAGCAAGAUCUUGAAGCCGGAGUACGCGCACCGGGUGCUGUCGAGCUAUGCCAAGGUCGUGGGGGCAGAGGAGAUGACCAAAAUGCAUCUUGACAGAACGAAAGAACAACCAGGCGACGGUGACAGUCAUCAACCAGCUGGUUCUGUGAAUGAGACACUUGAUGGAAUGUAG